AAGUCAGUUUAGUGACCGGCCAUGACACAAAUACAACAUUUAUUCUCUUUUAUACCGCAGAUUUAUAGCAGGCAGUUUCAUAGCUGCUGUUUGUGCAAACAAAAGAUUAAACACAUAAUCAAAUUGUGAAGAGUUAUUUUCCACCACAUUUUCAGUAAUGUUAACUUAACCUUAGACCUUCCUGCCUGGACUUCACCCACCCAACAGUGUCGCAACAGUGAGGAGGCAGUGCAGCAGUUCCUCUGCAGCUCCCCUCCCCACUGUCAGAGAAAGAGCAGGUAACUUGAAAGCAGCAGACAGACUUCACCUCCUCUCUCAUGGAGAAGUUUGUGUUCCUGUUGGUCCUUCUGUCUCCAGCAGCUUCUGAUGUGGUACGAGUGAAACCUGGAGAUGAUGUCAUUCUGCCAUGUCAGGCUGGUGAAGCCUCCAUCAGAGCUGUAGAGUGGAGCAGACCAGACCUGGAGCCAGACUACGUCCUCUUUCACAGAGAUGGACGCUCAGUUAAAACCCAGCAGCAUCCAUCCUUUAAGGACCGGGUGCAGCUGGUGGACAGAGAGCUGAAGGACGGAGACGUGUCUUUAAUUCUGAAGAACGUGAGUAGCAACGACGCUGGAACAUACGAGUGUCGAGUUGCAGCAGGUGGAUCAAGACGUAAGAGAGCCAUUAUUAAGACUGAGCCAAUCAGAAUCAUUCAGCUGGAGGUUUCAGGGUCCAACAGCGGAGACGUCGAGGUGGGAAACUACGGUCUUUACUACGGACUGGGAGCAGCUUUUGUGCUGGUUUGUUUAGCUGCUGUUGGAUUGGCUGUUGACUGGAAAUAUAAAAGUCAUAAGGACAAGAAACCAGAACAGCGUGCUGCUGAAGAAGCAGGGAACGACCUCUGAUCUCUUUCCACCACAUGUUUCAUACAUUCAACAUGAUUUUCAGUCUUUCUGUUGUGAACGUGUAAGUUUGAGGCUCUCCACCGUGAUAAUCUGCAUCAUCAGCUUAAACUUUUAAUUUUCCCCUUCAUGAAUUGCUACCUUAUCGUGGUGGAGGGGUUUGCGUACCCGUUGAUUCUGGGAGUCGUCUUAUCUGCAUAUCAGCUUUGGUCUAAAGACAAAUUGGCCCCAGAGACGGAUCAGACUAAAUGCAAUUCAAAUAUACACCGUUGGCCACGGAUGGAAAAAGUACUACAAUAUUCUACUUAAGUAAACGUAAAGUUUCUUAAACUGCACUCAGAUACAAGAAAAAUGUAGAUCAGUUAAAAUCUGCUCUCAGUAAAUGAUGAAGAUGUUAUAUGAUAAUGUCAUGUGAUUUGACUCUUAAAUCAAAGACCAGCUUUCCAAAAUAAAGUGCAUUAACAUGUCAGUGUUCACAGUGGAACAUUUAUUUUCUAUAGACGCACUCUGCAGCCUGUUCAUCCCACUAAUGAUCAGUUAUAAAUAUCCAACCAGCUUCCUCUGUAGCUUCGCUGGAAUUAACCAGAAAGAGACAAAACUCUGACGAUCAAACAAAAAUGUCUGACAGUAAAUAAAAAGAGCUGUGGACACUGCAGCAGGUGCAACACGCUUCAUUAAGCUACAUUUAAUAAGCUGCUACUUAAACAGCAGAA